AUGAGGUCCACGACUCUUCUUUCCGUCACCGCCUUGGCCUCUACGGCGCUGGCUCAGCCGUUUUCUUUCGGCCAUAACCACCAUGCCCGUCACCACCACGCUCGCAGGGCUGCCGCCGCAGUCGAGAAGCGCGACAUCGUCACGGACUGGAUCACCGAGUGGGUUACCGAGACCGUCACUGAGUACAUCGAUAUGACCUCGACCGUUGUCAUCAACACCGCCACCACUCCUGGUCAGUUCUUCGAGGGCUCGUCAACACCCUCGGCAGCCCCGACCCCUAAGCCCGCCCCAUCGUCGCAGGCCGCAUCGGCACCGCCGCCUCCUGCGCCUACUCCUCAGGCCCCUUCGCCUUCUACCAGUCCCGGGCAGCAGCCAGCUUCGUCUCCCACCCCGGCCACCCCCAAGGUUCAGCAGGCACCAGAGCCCGCCCCCACCACUGCCCCUCUCAGCACCUCCUCGUCGGCACCAGUAGCUCCUCAGGCCUCUGCACCUGCCGCUGCCUCUGCUGCCUCUGCACCUGCCGCUGCCGUUGCCGCUGUCGCUCCCUCAUCAUCCAGCAGCGAAAGCAGCAGCGGCGCCAUGAGCUUCACUGGCCAAGUGACGCACUACACGGUCGGCCUGGGCGCAUGCGGCUUCGACGACGCUGGCAAGGACAACAGCGACUACAUUGUCGCCAUCUCGUCGGCUCUGAUGCACGGUAGCAACGGCGACCCCAUGUGCAACAAGAAGGUUAACCUCUCGUAUGGUGGCAAAAGCAUCUCGGCCACUAUCCGUGACAAGUGCCCGUCGUGCUCUCAGGACCAGAUCGACUUGAGCGAAAAGGCCUUUAAGGACCUCGUCGGCGACCUCGGCAUUGGCAGGCAGGGCGGCGUCAAGUGGACCAUCUCUUGA